AUGGAAGACCAGCAGGACAGCAUCAUGAGCCAAGGCCUCUUUAUCGGCCUGCUGGAAAUGAUAUUUCCUGGCAUGACAUAUCUCCCUUACUUCGCCGCCUUCGCCUUUUUGAUCAAAUACGCUCUUGAAUCUUGGUCCGAAUCCAUCACCGCGCGCUUCAUCUCCACCGUUGAAAUUCACGCCCAGGAUGAAACGUACAACUAUCUUAUGAACUGGGUCUCGCGAAACAACAUCUCCCAGGACAAUUAUCGCCUCCAAGCUUCUACCGCUCUAAAUAAUUCCAACUUCACCUGGUCAGAAGACCAGGAUGAUAAGCCUGACGUUGACGACGACGAGGAAGACGAUCCCGUGGGUAGACAAAUCAAUGAGAUGCGAUCCAAAUCGUCGACAUCACUUAAUAACGCCAAACCGCUGUACUGGACACCUGCUUUUGGCACACAUUUCUUCAGAUACGAAGGCCGCAUGCUGGCGUUCACUAGAUCGCUUGAGGGUACAAACUAUACGUCUACACCACGGCAGCCUGAGAAACUGGCCAUAUCCUGCGUUGGCCGAGACGCCACCGUUCUAAAAAGACUACUAUACAACGCUCGCAUCGACUUUUCUGAGAAACAGAAAGGAAAGACCGGUAUUUUCCGCGCGACCAAACCCUACAGUGAAGAUGAGAUGUCGUGGACUCGCUGCAUGUCGAAAGCAACGAGGCCCAUGUCUACAAUCGCCCUGGAUGAGGGUCUCAAGGAAAAACUUAUCAAGGACCUACGCCGAUAUCUCGAUCGACAAACCAAACACUGGUAUGCGACAAGGGGCAUCCCUUAUCGUCGCGGAUAUCUCUUCUCAGGACCUCCUGGCACCGGCAAAACGAGUCUGACUCUCGCAGCAGCUGGUCUCAUGGGUCUGGAUAUAUAUAUGGUCAACCUAAAUUCCCCGCGUAUAAACGAGGAUAGCCUUGCAUCUCUCUUCCAAAAGCUUCCGUACACCUGCAUGGUCUUACUCGAGGACAUUGACGCUACAGGAUUAGCGCAGAGACGUGGCGCAGAUACAGCGACGAUGGGGUCUCAAGGACGAAAGAAGAAGAACGCAGAACGUCUUUCACUUUCAGGCCUGCUGAACAUUAUCGACGGUGCUGCUGCUCAAGAAGGACGCGUUCUUGUCAUGACUUCAAAUCACACCGAGAACAUUGACCCAGCUCUUAUUCGCCCGGGCAGAAUCGACUUUACGAUCAACUUCCAGCUCGCUACAUCAGAAGCAGCCGAAGCGCUCUUCACUCAAAUGUUCGACGUUCCAGAUGUGGGACACAAUUCAGAGAAGAAAGCAGCGAAGUCUCUGCGGGAUCAGGCGAGGGAGUUUCGGGAUAAGAUUCCUAAUCGUGCUCUUAGUCCUGCAGCUAUUCAGGGAUUCCUACUCACGCACCAGGAAGACCCUGAUGGUGCUCUUGCUGCUGUUGAUGGGUGGGUGCAAGACGCUCUGAAGCAGAAGGAUGUUGUAGUUGAGGAAGAUGUUGAAUCUGAGAAGGAAGCCACAGACUCUGAAGAGGAUGAGGAUAGUGAUGGGGGUUCUGACAUUUCGUAUCGGAGAUGA